CAACAUGGCUACCAGGUGGGGGAUCUGCAGCGCAGGGAAGAUCAGCCACGACUUCACUGUGGCUCUGAAAACUCUUCCAGCUGAAGACCACCAGGUUGUGGCUGUUGCAGCUCGGAAGUUGGAGGAUGCUCAGGAGUUUGCCAAUAAACACGGCAUCCCUCGAUCAUACGGCAGCUAUGAGGAGCUGGCCACUGAUCCAAACAUAGAUGUCGUGUACAUUGGCGUUAUCCACCCGUACCAUCUGAAGACCUGUUUGCUCUUUACAAACGCCAAGAAGAACGUGCUGUGUGAGAAGCCUCUGGCCAUGAACACCAGGGAGGUGAAAGAGAUCCUGGACUCUGCUAAGAAGAACAACGUCUUCCUCAUGGAGGCUGUCUGGACUCGCUUUUUCCCGGUCUCUGUGGAGAUCAGGAGGCUGCUCGCUCAUGGGGAGCUGGGUGAAGUGAAGAUGGUCCGAUCUGAGUUUGGCGUGUCAAUGAUGGACGUGCCAAGAGCAACGCAGAAGGAGCUCGGUGGAGGAGCGUUACUGGACAUUGGCAUCUACUGCCUGCAGCUUGUAUGCAUGGUGUACAAUGGAGAGAAGCCAGAGAGCAUCCAAGCUACAGGGGUCUGCCUGGAGACAGGAGUGGAUGAGGCUGUGAUCGUCUCUCUGAAGUUUUCCAAGAACAGAAUGGCCACGUUCACUUGCUCCAUGGGCGUACAGCUGCCCAAUGAGGCGAUUAUUGCAGGAACAAAGGGCACAAUCAAGGUUCCUUUCCCAAUGUGGUGUCCCACAUCAUUAGUGGUGAAUGGAAAGGAGACCCAAUUCCCACUGGCAGAACCCAGUUUGCCUCUGAACUUUUUAAAUAGUACGGGGAUGCGUUAUGAAGCAGAAGAGGUGCGACAGUGUUUGCUCAAAGGGCUGCAGGAGAGCGCAGUCAUGUCCCACGCUGACUCUCUCCUUCUAGCAGAGGUGGAGGAUGAGAUCCGCAGGCAGGUGGGGGUGGUGUACAGCCAGGACUGCCAGUAAAUGUUCAACAUGCAGACACAAACUCAAUCAUUUACUGACGUACUCAGGUUUGAAGUCAUCCGGUUUGAAUUCAAGUGUUGGUAUUUUUCUUAUUGAAACAACCAGUUUAUAAGUGCUGACCUUUCUUUUCAUAAUGCCAGUGAUUAGGGCAGUGGUUCCCAAAGCUGGAGUCACAAAACGCCACACUUGGGAGUCUUGAGAUGUUUUCCAGAGCCAAAAUUAAAUUAAAAUAAUGAUUGCCA